AGAGAGAGAGAGAGAGAGAGAGAGAGACUGCUCUGCUAUGGCGCUCGCGCGCACUUGGCGGAGGAACAGCGCGAGCACGAUAUUGGCUCCGCUCUCGCGCCAGGUUUGUCAGGAACACGACAGCGGAAAGUCUUCUCUGUCUUUAAACCGGAAAUAAGCGACAGCCGGUAAGACGUUGCAAGGAAAGAAAGGAAGGAAGGAAGCGGCUGAGUUCGGAGAAGGAAAGGGAGAGAGAGAGAGAGGGAUUGGCUACAAAGUUGCCCUGACGGUAAAAAAAAAAAGGAAGAAAAAGCGUUGAUAGGAGAAUGGGAGAAAGAAACGGCAGGGAGCACGCGCGCUGCAGCGAGCGCCUGUGAACGCGAGCACCUCGGCGUUCCCGAGCUUUUAUUUCUGUCCGGGUUUGUUUGUUAAAGCGCAGCCAUGCCCGCCAAAACCAAGUACAACCUAGUGGACGACGGACACGACCUGCGGAUUCCUCUGCACAACGAGGACGCUUUCCAGCACGGGAUUCACUUCGAGGCCAAGUACAUCGGGAGCCUGGAUGUCGCGCGACCCAACAGCCGUGUGGAAAUAGUAGCUGCCAUGAGACGGAUCCGGUAUGAAUUUAAAGUGAAGAACAUCAAGAAGAAGAAAGUCAGCAUUAUGGUCUCUGUGGAUGGCGUGAAAGUUGUGCUGCGUAAAAAGAAAAAGAAAAAAGAGUGGACAUGGGAUGAGAGCAAGAUGAUGGUGAUGCAGGACCCCAUUUACAGGAUAUUCUAUGUGUCACACGAUUCACAAGAUCUGAAAAUCUUCAGUUAUAUCGCUAGAGAUGGACAGAGUAAUGUGUUCAGAUGCAACGUCUUCAAAUCCAAGAAGAAGAGCCAGGCCAUGCGGAUUGUGCGGACCGUGGGUCAAGCAUUCGAGGUGUGUCACAAACUCAGCCUGCAGCACACACAGCAGAACGCAGACGGCCAGGAGGACACUGACAGCCCCAAGACCUGCACAGACUCCGGUCUACAAGAUCGGGAAUUGACUGGAGCUGAGAAGACGCUGGCUGAAGAGACGGACAUCGACGCAGAGGAGUUGCCGCUCCCUGACAGCACAGUGGACGAGUUCAGCCGAGGCGUCACUGACCUGGAUGCUGCUAAGAAAGACGAUGAGGGUCUGAAGGACAAAAAGCUGAGUGAAGACACCUCCAUCCUGCUGGCUUCUCCAAAGAUGCUGCUUCCAUCAUGCAGUGAGUUGGCAGCUAGCACACCGCUCUCCAUGCACCACCAGCUCCAGCUCCUGCAGCAGCAGCUCAGCCAACAGCAGCAGCAGACCCAAGUUGCUGUAGCUCAGGUUCACCUGCUGAAGGAUCAGCUCUCGGCAGAAGCAGCAGCCAGGAUAGAAGCUCAGGCUCGAGUGCACCAGCUGCUGCUACAGAAUAAAGACCUUCUGCAACACAUCUCACUCCUGGUCAAACAGAUCCAGGAGCUAGAGCUCAAACUGACUGGCAACGGCUCCAUGGGAUCUCAGGACAGUCUACUGGAGAUCACUUUCCGAGCCAACGUGCCCCCGAUUAUCUGUGACGCUACAACACCGCGCCCUGAAGACAUGGUCCUGCCCCCGCUGAAUGAUGGCACGCAGCUCGCUCUGCCCCUAAGCAGUCCUUUAGGUAGGGACCAAACUCUGGCUAAGUUUGAGUGUUUCCGUUUUCUCCCAGGACCUCCUCAACAGGAGCAGAGCCCUGCCCCCUCCCAGGAGGUAUCGCCCUCAUCCCGGGAUGAGCUGCUGGGGAGCCUGGAGCUGCUCAAGUUCCGUGAAUCAGGCAUUGCGUCAGAGUACGAGUCCAACACAGAUGAGAGCGAUGAGCGGGACAGCUGGGGGCUGCAGGACGAAAGCAGUCUGCGUCUGCUCAAUGUGCUCAACCAGCAUGGCCCCUCUGACUGCCUGGAUGAUGAAAUCGCUGUUUAGGCUGGGGACGUACUAAUGGCUAAAGCUAAGUGCGCUGACUGCUCAUCUGUCAUAAACUGCUAUUCUCACUGCUGAGUCUCAUAGAUUGAAGCAGGUGGGAGGUUUGGUGUCACGUUAUGUGGACCAAGGCCGUUUUCCAUUGCACGUGACAAGGGUACCAGUUUUGAUAAGGGGAAAGUUUUAGUAUCUCAUCCACAGGAACCAAUAGUACUUGGGGCACAGUUCAAUGCUAGUUGGUUACACAUAAUGUGACAACAUAUUAUACACAAAAUACACAUAAAAUGUAGAGGAAAAAACUGAAACUGAAAUAUUCUGGUUUGUUAGUGCCAACAAAAACAACAUUGUGCUGUUUUGUUUCUUGACCAUCAUUUAUGUUAAAUUUCUCAAAAAUUGUACCAGCAAAACUAUUUACAGCACAAAUGCAGCAUAGGUGAACUUUCAUUUUCUGUUCAUAUGGGAUGCAACAGAUUAUAACAGGUUAUAACAGAUUUUACCGCAUUCAUAACUUCUUUACCAUGUUAUUUGUUUUGUCACAUUUUUGUCAACAAUUUACUGAAAUUUCAUCACAGAUCUUUUUAUUUGUCAACUUAAUGAAAUGUAGAAAAACCCUUCCUCAUCAAGGCUUUUUUUUUUUAAAGCAAUUUCACAGCAGUCAGUAGGAGCUGAUUCACCAAACUACUAAUCAGAAGGAAAUGAUAUUAAUCCAACACUUCUUUAACUGCAUGUCAUUGCAUAUAGUGUCGUCACCAGGACCAUUCUAGUCCCCUCAUAAAUUGAAACUGAACUAGAACCCCAAGUUUCUUUGGUUCCUCCUAGUUUUAGAAUGCGCUGUGGAAAAACACCAGUAGAUUCAAAACCACUUUCCCAAGCAGUGCUAACUCACUACAUCACACCAUAAAUGAGUGGUGAGAAUAUGAGUAAAAUGUAUUAUAAAUGUAUUAUUUUAGAAUCCAUGUCUCCAUGUUAUCUCUCUUAGUUGGGUUUUUUAUUCUAUUUUAUUCAGUAUAUGUGCUGGACCAAAAAAGAUAUAUGUGCUUGUUGAAUCUGUAUCAUGUUAGUUUUCCUCCUGUGGUUUUAUUACUGCACAGAUUAAUGCAUGUGAACACUGCUAUGCACUCCACUCCCAUUACUGUUACCACUUUAACAUCUUUCAUAUAAUGACUUGGAUAACUGAAAGUGAGACAAUGAAGCUAAACAUUCUUUAAUUGUGAAUAGAGGUUUUGGUUUUAAUGAAAGGAAUGGUACGUUAACUAUAGCGCCAGAAGCAUGCUCAGCUAAUUAAGGUCUGAGGUGAACAAGGCAGCUUUGAGUCAGGGAAUCUAAUUAGCUAGCCACGAGAAAGCUGUGUCAGCUCUCCUCCACUGUAUUGGCUCUUGUAUCGUUAGCAAGCAUAAAUUCCUAAGGCAGAAUAUAAAUGUAUGGGUGAUUCCAUGACUGCGGCGCCAUUUAGUCUUUGUAACUCUAUUUUUCAAAAUGGAAUCUAAGAAAACAUGCAGUCAACUAUCUAAAAAUGUUUGUUUAAAUGAGGAACAGGGCUUCAACAGGUACUUUCAAAAUGAAAUGUCAUCAAUGUCACAAUAUCACUGGGGGGGAAAAAAAGAAUGAGAGAACUUAAUUUUUAUCUUCUCAUGAUCCUCAGGAAAUUUGGAAGAUGUACCUUCCUGUUAAUCCUGUGACUUUUGGAAUAUAUGCAAAUACAAUACAGAUAUUUUCUAGGGGUCAGUAUGUUCAGGUUACAACAUGGAGCAAAUUGUAAGACAUGAAUAAACUGUACAUUUUUCAUAACCUAUAAUGGUUGGCUUUUGGAAAAGGACAUUUCAAGCCAGAGAAUGUUAAAUGGAUUUAUGUUUUAAUGCAAAAAAUAAUGUGGUUUAUGAUUAUACUUCAAGUUAAAGUGUAGUUAUAGGAGCCUAGGACAAGCAAAAAUGAUGCUGUAGAUUUUCUUAAGUUAUUUAUCUGAAACAUGCAAACAGGUUGUUGUGAAGGACACUUUACCUGUAUUUAAAAUGUCUUUUAUCUUUACAUAAAAACAUAUUUGUAAAUGUAAUAUCAGUGGGACACAAAUGGCACCUCAAUCACAGAAUCACACAUAUAGUUUUUACAGCUCCAAGUUGUGUGCUCUACUGGUGAAGAGGCAAAAAUACAUGCAUCAAACAUUACCCCCUUGUUCUUAAUUAGUGAAGGAGAAAGAAAUACAACUUAAUUUCUUCCACAGUUCAGUACAGAAGGCAUAAUUGUUACAUUCCCAGAGACAUUGCUGUGUUAUUCACCCUAUUGCCCCGAGCCACUGUAAAUUGCUGUAGUUAAUAACUGUUCAUUUGGAUGCUUAUGGGGAAUGGAUAAUUAAUGUCUGCAGUUUUAUUUCACUCGUCUGUGUGGCUGGAUGGUGGUGUGUGGGAGCAGUGAGACUGCGAGCACUCUGGAAUCCCAGGAGACAGCAGGGCUGUGCAGGAGCAAACUCCAGUGAGACAUGGGAUACUUUGAAUUAACACAUCCAGGCUCUCUGACACUGAAGAAGCUCAUUUAAUAUAACAUUUUUCCACAUAAACUGGAGUCAUGCUUAUUGCAGCAGUGUUAUUUAAUGAUAUCUUUUGAUAAAAUAAAAAUAAGUGAGAAUCAACAUUAGCAAGGUUUCAGUGGCUGAUUCUCUGCCGCUGACAUUUCUGUUGGAGCUUGACUUGUUCAGUGAAGUAGAAAUAUAUGAAGUUUAAUAAGUGAUGAUCUCAAAGUUUGUCCUGUGUUAAUGUCUAGCUUAGUUGGCUCAGAUAUUUCUGGUGAGAGAGAUGUUUGAACAGAGCUUGGCUUUUCUGCUGGAUUUAAUGAGCGUGUAUAAAGCUGUCAGCAGCCAAGGUGAGAGCAGCUCUGUGACUGAGGCUGACAGCUGUACAUCUUCAUUGGCCUUCAGGGAAAGUGUGAUGGAUUGUUACUUUCGGAUCUACAGCUGUAUUUUGCUGUGUCAUGCCAUGGCUUUCUCAGAUGUGACAUGUUUACGGUUGUUUUUUAUUGUAUGUUUCAGUUUGGAGGGUGGAAUUGUACUAUGAACACUGAUUAUUAAAUUAAGUUUAAAGUGUUUAAUAUCUUAAAGCCACAGAAACUGAUACAGUAUGUCAGAAUGUGUUCAGAUCUUUAAGCACAUCAUCUGUGAAACCAUCUGGUCAAAUUAUACAGUGAUUGUUCCUGGGAUUCAUUAGGGUGCUUUCAUAAUUGCCAUUUUCUUGCCAGAUACACGUACUAGUUCUUACCUGGUGAUGAAGAGGUUGUUUGCCUUUGCCUGUGGCUUCAGGGGCACAUCACAUCAGAUGAAUGUCUCAAAAAUGUUAGAAUAUUGGCAGGGAAAUAUUUAUGAUUCAACAUGACUUAAAUCUCCUUAUAUCUGCUCACUAAAAAGACUGUUCAGGCACUUUCUCCACCAUGGUUUUUUUUUUUUUUUUUACAUUCAGUAGACCUGAUUGGACAGGAGAUAAAAAUGCACUUAAUGUCACUUUUCUUAGAAGUUGAAAAAGUGUUUUGGAAGUUCUUCACUGUGAGCAAAAAAAAAAAAACAGCAUAUGUGAACGCACCCUUAGGCCACUCUGUUGAUAUGAUUUGCUUAGUAGAAAUGCUUGUAUGUGAUGCAGUGGUGUACAAACUAUUCAAUGCAUUAACUGUGUGCUUUCAUGAUUAGUUGUGGUAUCCAAAACAAAUGUCAAAAAAUAUGAAUGUGUAGCUGUUAUUAGUAAUAUUUUUGGAUUUUUUUUGCUUCUUCAGCAAGAAGUUUUGCUGUUCUGCAUUGAUUUGAAGAAAAAGGGAACAGUUGUUUGUGUUGUCCAGUAACAGGCUCUUCUGUCUGAAAGCUAAUCAAAGAAGGGAAGUAGAACAGAUGAAAAAAUCACCUUGAGAAGGAAAUGAAAAAGAUUUGCCUGACAAGAUUUGAUUUCCUGUAACUUUGAAAGCCUAAUAAGCCCUCUGAUAAUUUCACUGGGGUCACAUUCCAUUUGCAUAUGCUUGUCCUUCUGAGUGCUGAUUUUGGCCCAGUUGCAUUUGAAAGAUCCACUCAAUAUGUUGGAAGGUAAUUAAAGUAAAUGCAUAUGUUUCAUGAACCUUAUUUUGUUAGGUUUCACCUUAGACCUGCAGCACUUUAGAGAAUACCAACAGAGAAAAUCUAUACACGUCAAGGGGCCAUAUUUUUUCAGCUGUCAACACAGCUGUUCCAGAAAAAGCGUGAAUAACUGCCAACACAUCAUAUCUGAAUGCCCAGAGGGCUUUCCUGUUUGGUUUCAAGGAGGUGCUGCAGAUUCACUGCUUCAUCCACACUCAUUUCACAGAGAUAAGCUGCUGGUGGCUUUGGAUUGUACGUGAAAAACAGAAGGGAACAUCUUUAGUUUUAGCACAGCUGCCUCUUUAUGGAAUUAGGAGGCAGUUGCCACAGAGUAGAAGCAGGGAGUCAGGACUGUGUCCUAAUCCUAAAGACAAAACCUCAAAAACAGUUCUGAUGGCUCCUGAGUGGCGCAACAGAAAAGCAUUCACCUUAUUGCCCAGAUAUCCAGAGUUCAGAUCUUGAUAAUGCCAUAGCAAUCUGUACCCGGGAGCUGUCUGUACCCGGGAGCUGUCUGUACCCGGGAGCUGUCUGUACCCGGGAGCUGUCUGUACCCGGGAGCUGUCUGUACCCGGGAGCUGUCUGUACCCGGGAGCUGUCUGUACCCGGGAGCAAUCUGUACCCGGGAGCAAUCUGUACCCGGGAGCUGUGCACUCUGGGCAGGAGGAAUGGCAGUCUAUUUUCCCUGUCAAUCACAGUGACAUUAGACAAUCGUGGCUGUCUGUGAGCUCAUGUAUGUGGAAGAAGGUAGAAAGCAAUAUCAGAGUGUGUUAUGCUGCUUUGUGACACGGAGCUGAUGUGGAGGUUGGCUAAACAUGUCUCGCACAUUUGCCUUAUAUUCAUUCCAAACUUGUGUAUAAUUUAUCCGCAGUACUGAUCUGGCAACAAACCUCUAGGAAAAAGGGGUCUUUGCAGUGGUGUAGUUAAGUCUGUACACACAGUAUGACUUUUACUAAUGGUUUUAGUCACCGUAUACUUGAAGUGUCAGACUCGAUUACACCAUGGUCUAUGUUCCAAAGAGGGUUCCACUUGGAAUCGUUUGUGAAAGGUUUUAUGUAGAAAUGUUAAACGAUCCCCAUGGGACAAAAUAAAGACUUUUAAGAAUGUUAUAUGGAACCAAGGGUGCUUUUACACUUUCACUUCCACACAUAUUUUUUUCCCCUCAGUUGCAAAUGCAAGUUUUACAUGUAAUGUUAUGGGAAGUGGCUGGUGUGCAUCUGCUUUUAAAAACUGUUCCUUUGGUCAGCUUUUCAACAGCUUUUUACCUAUUGACCAAUCAGAGGGAAAGUGAGGAAAAUAAAUGUGGAGGACAAAGUGCUGGUGCAACAUGGUGAAUCACAAAAACUGUAUUUCAGUGCCAAUAUUUCAACUUGUCUACUUUUGCAACAUUCACCGGUACAUGAUGUGUUGUCCCAAUAUUACUGUGUGUGCAUUCAGUCAAGUCACACAAGCAGCUCUAACUGUUACACCACGCUUUAUUUCAUCUUUAUUAUUAUUAUUAAACGUGCAAAUUAGUGCCCUAAUAGUGCAUAAUGAUUUUGUGAUGAUAGGACCAACUUUCAUUCUUCUAUACUUGGAUUACACUUAGAAAAUAAGUUCAAGCGAGCACCCUAAAGAGUUCCUUGGUUGGUCCAAGUAUUAGCCCUUUAGAAUACAAUGUACAUGCAACAGUAAAGGUUUUAGCUAGGACAUUACAUUAAAACUAAUCUAAGAUUAUUCUGCUUAUUUCAAGACUAAUAAACUAUAUAGACAAAAGUUUGUGAACACCAAACCAUCACACCCAUAUGUGCUUGUUGCACAUCCCAUUCCAAAGUUGGUUCCUCUUUGCUGCUAUAAUAACCUCCACUUUUCUGGGAAGGCUUUCCACUAGAUUUUGGAGUGUGGCUUUGGGGAUUUUGCCAUUCAGUCUCAAGAGCAUUAGUGAGGUCAGGCACUGAUGUUGGGCGAGGGGACCUGGGGUGCAAUUGGCGUUCCAGUUCAUCCUAAAAGUGUUCAGUGGGGUUGAGGUCAGAGCUCUGUGCAGGUUCUUCCAUGCCAACCUUGGCAAACCAUGUGUUCAUGUUCCUCGCUUUGUUACAGGGGUAUUGUCAUGCUGGAACAGGUUUGGGCCCCUUAAUUCCAGUGAAGGGAAAUUGUAAUGGUACAGCAUACAAAGACACUUAUUAAGAUGUACUUAAGGUGUUGUCUCUGUGGCUUACCCCCAAUGGGUUCUAUGGUUUCUCCCACUGGGGGAAAUCCUUAAAGGUUUUAGCUAGGACUCUUUCAGAACAAUUCCAAGCAGAACCCUUUCAGAAAUCUAGUACCAUUAACCACUAAAAAACCCACCUUUUUUGUAGGAGUGUACUGUGUAAUUUUGCACAAGAGCUGGAAUUAUCAGGGUCUAAUUGAAACAGUCUAACAUUCAGCCAGUGUGACGUAAAAAGCACUUACUGCCUCUAACUGCAUGAUGAGCUUCGACUCACUGACAUGGCAAGGGCAGAUCAUUUAAUGAAAUAUUGAUCUGAGGUCAGACAAAAAUGGAGGUGUACAGUCUGGUCUGGCAAGCUACCAUCCCCUGUGGGUUUUGCUAACGUAGCACUGUUUCUCAGCAAGUCCCCACUCAACCAAGCUAUUCCUCUGUCCUAGUCCAACAUUAACCUGGAGUACAUUAUAUCUUACAUAGAUAUUUUCGUAUACUUGUUCGACCAAAGAACUGUCCAUCAUUUCUGCUAAACUUUUGGUGGUUACCGUUCCACUCAGCAGCACAAGAACUAUUUCAUAUAGCUUAUAUUUGAGCUCUUUAGCCAGCGACCCUGUGUGUGGCACUCCUUUAGGGUGAGUUGCUCUCUGAAAAAUCUCAUUAUGAGCCUCUGAUGGAGCUCCACUCUGACCUUUCAACUCAUGACCCAGACUCUGCUGUGUUUCAUCAAAUGCCAUAGAGCAAUUUCAUCUCCCAUCAUCUCCCAUCCCCCAGCACAAAGACAUAAAACUUAAAGAUUUAUAUCCAAGCAGAGGGUCGUUAAUUAAAUAUUUAUGGUUGACGCAUCAGUGCACAGCCUGGUCAUAUGUUAGGCCAGAUAUGACACAGGAUGAGCUAAACUAAUUUAGUUUCCUUGUUUGACAGACAGAUUAUUGCAUUGUCAUAUGACUUGAAGUUUGUAUUCAUAUAAACUAAUCCACAAAACUAGCCAUAUAAACUAAAGCUCAGUUCACCUUAAACAAAAAACUGUGGUGUAGAAGAAGAGGUUAAAUGUCAAGACAGAUAUCACUUCAGUCUCUGUAAUUGGUGGAUACUGCUUAUGAAAAAAAGCUGUGCUGUUGUUUUAUUAAUAUGAUCCCCAUUAGAUUCUGAAUUGAUCAUUAAAAGAAAAUAUUUUUUCACACCUACACUUUAUCUUGAUGACAAAUUUGACAACACCUAGAGUAUAGCAUUUCUGAUUUUUGACUCAUUGCUACAGCGAUACAGGAGCCACCUGAAAACUAUGCUUUCUGGCUUUUUCAGCUAAAACAGCAUUCAGAUUGAUCGCAAAUAAAAUUUACCUGAGGGAAAAACCGAUUCCGACUGAAGUGGGAAAUGACACGGGAUGGUAAAGAACUUUCUCUGCACACCAACUUUAUCUGGGUUCAUUAGAUAAAGGUGCCAACUUUGCUAACAAGAAAAUCCUAGCAAGCAUAGAGCAAACACUAGUAGGUCAACUUUGAUCUGUGAAUUCACAAGCCUCUGUUUUGUGAGCCAAAAAAAACAAGAAGGUGGAACUGUUGUGUCUUUGGUUGGUGGGAAAAAAAAACUUAGCCAUUAAUUUUUAAGUAGACGUUUGCAUUGUUAUUUUCUUACUCUUGUCUUGUCUGAUAUCUGAAAAAAAAAAGCCUCAUCCACAGAUCUCAUCUCAUCAACAGAUAUACUCUAGGGAUUUUGUGGUAUUUUUUCCCUCUCUGCCUGUUAGGAUUUUCUUGUUAGCAGUGUUGGCACCUCUGCAAGUAACUGGCUUUAUGAAGAUAUUAAUGUGUGUAAAUUGGUUUCUUUGCAGAUAAAACUGUAUUGUUAAUUUAAGGUAUGAGUUGGGUUUGAGCUUUAAGACAUGAAUUUGAUCAAAGUUAAAAUGGUCAAAGGAAAAUGGUGAUUAUAUAAAUCAGAGAAAGCUACAGUAAAUGGAGUGCUCUAGGCUCAUGUCCAUUUGUGUAAUUGAGUUGACGGAGUGGUCAGUGGAGCGUGUCUGAGUGUUCUCAUGAACUCAGCAGGAACAGGCCAUCCUGUGGUGUUUUGGAGCUAUGAACUCUUACUUUUCAUUCUUCCCCUCUACUGCUCCUUGUGGCCCCUUCACGUCACAUCACAGCUUCUGUCUGUGUGAAAUGUUUUUCCAGACUUUGUUACACAGAAAAAUAGCGUAUCUGUGGGAGUGGAAGUGCACUUACUGUGUAAUUUGUCAUUGACGCUGGCUUUCACCUUAAUAAAACUUUAUUUCUUCUUUCCUUUCCUUCUUUCCUCUUUUGUGCCUUCAAGGUUGAAAUUUGAUAUUGUGGUAGGAAUCAAGACCCUGAGGAAGUUUUGAACCAACUAUGUAGUCAUCAGGGUCAGCCAUUUCAGGCAAAACUACUAUUCAAACUUUUUUGUGGCAAAGUUUGCACUUCAUUUCAGUUUCUUUUCCCCCUCAAAGAACUGACUCAGAGGACACUUGGAUGAUACAAAUAACCAAACUGCCUAUAACUAACUGCACUGCCCUCGAGUGAAUUAUAGGGUUUGGAAUAAUACUUGAAAAUAUACUAUUUUAUUUUUAAGACUUUUUGAAAAUAUUGACUCACCCUAAAGUCCAUGCAUCUUCGAUCUAACCGUCUGCUCCUGGUAUGGGUUUAAAGUUGUUUUCUCAGUAUUCUGGUCAGAUAUCUGCAGCUUCAGUUUUUCCACAUGGGUUUCUCAUACACAGACAGAGAUCACAUGCAGCAAGAACCCUAUAGAGAAGAAGACCCUGUCUAUUGUGCUGGCCUCCUCACUAGAUAUUCUGAUCUUCUGAACCACAGUCCAGAGCUGCAAUGUUUAUGAUGCCAGUCGAGCCCUGUAGAGGGAAACAGGCAUAAGUGACAUUGCUUUAAGAGUCUUCAACUGCAUCACCUUUCUUAAGUAUCCUUUUCCCACACCACUGUGUCUGUGUGCAUUUUGUGUGCUUCAUUGCAUUGUUCCUAGGAAGGACUCGUACAGAUGCAGUAGAUAUAAAAGUGGUAGGCUUUAUGUAAACAAGAGCAGAAUAUUAAUUUCUUUAAGAAUAUAACCCAGUAGACUGAGGAACAUGCCUCCAGAGGUCUCUACCAACAGCUGGAUAAGGAACAAACAUGCACACACACACAAAGUUACAAAGUCAUUUUAAAUGUAGCCAUAACCAAUGACCAUGGGGUCCAAGCACUAUUCACAAAUAGACUUGUGUUUGGCUGAUCACAGGAUCUCGUUCAUUUAGUAUAAUGUGGUAUAAAUGUAGUAUAAAUGUGGUCCAAAAGUCUGAGACCACAUUGAAUAUCUGUUUUUGUUUCUUUUCUUUGCUCGUUUUUUUUUUU